ACUAGCAAAUCGGCAGCUUGGACGUACGAAAGCAAUGGCGUUCUCAUCCUUGCAGGACCUCUUCGUCCCGUUCAUCGUGCUACUUCUGCCCCUGUACUACUACCUCGUAUUUUUUAGGAGCUCGAAGACAAGUAGCAACCCACGACUUCCCACGGACUGGCCAGUGGUUGGCAUGCUCCCUUCCCUCGUUGCCAACCACCACCGCUUCGACGACUACGCGGCCGCCAUCCUCGCCGCCACGGACGGCAGCUUCGAGGCGCGCGGCCCACCAGUCUCCGGCCUGCGGUUCUUCUGCACGUGCGACCCGGCGAACGUGCGGCACAUCUUCGUGUCAAGCUUCGCCAACUACCGCAAGGGCGAGGAAUUCGCGUCCUUCUUCGACGUCAUGGGCGACAGCUUCUUCAACGCCGACGGCGAGUCGUGGCGCUGCCAGCGCGCCUGGGUGCAGCACGUGCUCCUCCUCCGCCACGUUGUGCCGCAGACAUGGUGGAAGCUGGCGAGGAGGCUGAGGAUCGGGUACGAGCGAAAGAUGGUGGUGGCCUGGCGCACCAUCGACCAGUUCAUUGCCGACACGAUCGCGAAGCAUCGUGCGCAGAAAGCGAUAGGCUGCAUCAAGGACUCAACAUACUUGCUCUCGUCCUACAUCAACGACUAUGAGGAAGACUCAGACACCCUCGACACGUUCCUGCAUGACACUACCAUCAACCUCCUGCUCGCCGGCCGCGACAGGACGGGUUCGGCGCUGUCCUGGUUCUUCUACCUCCUCACCAGGAACCCGCGCGUGGUGGCCAAGAUACUGCAGGAACUCGAGUCCGUCAAAAGCACCGCCGCCACCCCGGACGGCAUGGUGACCUUCGACCCGGACGAGCUCGGCCGGCUCGCGUACCUGCACGCCGCGUUGUGCGAGUCCCUCAGGCUGUACCCGCCCGUGCCGCAGGAGCUCAAGGAAGCGGUCGCAGCCGACGUGCUGCCUAGCGGGCACGAGGUGCGGCCCGGGGACAGGGUCCUGGUGUCGCUGUACGCGAUGGGGAGGAUGGAGGACUUGUGGGGCAGGGACUGCAGGGAGUUCAGGCCGGAGCGGUGGAUCGCGGAGGACGGCAGGGUGAGGUACGUGCCGUCGUACAAGUUCAUGUCCUUCAACUCCGGGCCCCGGAGCUGCCUCGGCAAGGACAUGGCGUUUGUGCAGCUCAAGGCCGCCGCGGCGGCCGUUGUGAAGAACUUCGAGAUCGAGGCGGUGCCGGGGCACGUCGUGGAGCCCAAGCUAUCCAUCAUUCUUCACAUGAUCGAUCGAUGGCUGUCGGAAAAGGGGAACAAUAAUUAAGCACGUGUGUUAGUAUAAUGGUCAGUAGCUAGCGCUUGACCAGCCGGUACGUUAGCUGACAUGUAUGUAUACUAGAAGGUGCAUGCACGUACUCGUGUUUGCGUACGUGUACGCUCGGUCGAUCUUUGCUUCUUCACUUAUCUAAAAGCCAGAGUGCUGAUUGCAUUGUACUA